AUGGACCUCGGUCUCUACCUGGAGCGUUUUCGGCGCGUCAGGACACACGAAGACAAGGAGGCGCUGUGCCGCGACGUGGAGGAGGCCGACAACACCUAUCGCAAACUGUUCUCUCAGCAGCGGGAGUCGUGGGUAGUGCCAGAAUUGUCAAGCCCGUGCCAUUCGCUGAUACCCGUGCACCGGCAUGCCGAUGUGUUUGGGUGCAUGUCGCCUUCCCCCGAGGAAGUGGAGGUUCCAAAAGUGUUCCCUCUGGGAGAGCAAAGGAAGCCGGCCGGCGCGAGUUCCAUCGUCUCGCAAGCAGAUAUGGAGCGCAACUUUUCGGAUCUGUUCACCGAGGGCAUGCUGAAGUUCAUGGAUUGGCGGAACGUCAUUGCCGCGGGUGGUUCGGUGCUGGCAUGCCUGCAGCCCAUACCCGCGCAGUAUGAUCAGAGUAACAGGAAGCGCAGGGAAUACAUGCAUGACGUGGGCUUCCCUGCCUCGGACGUGGACCUGUUCUUGUACGGGUUGGACGCGGAAGGCGCCAAGAAGAAGAUUGUGGAGAUCUACGAGGCUGUCUGUGAAGCCAACCCAUUUGACGUCCUGUGCUUUCGAUCGGCACACACAGUGACGAUAGUCAGCGAGUAUCCUUUCCGACAUGUGCAGAUCGUUCUGCGUUUGUAUUCAAGCCCUUUGGAGGUAUUGGCUGGCUUCGAUGUGGAUUCAUGUGCAGUGGGGUAUGAUGGGAAGGACGUUUGGGCGACCCAAAGGUGCCACAUGGCACUUGUCAGCCAGAGAAACAGGGUUGAUUUGAGCAGAAGGAGUCCCACCUAUGAGAUGAGGCUGGCGAAGUAUGCAGCACGGGGUUUUGAGGUGCCAGUUCCGGGCUUACAGAGGGACAGGAUUGACCCUACGUUGUUUGAGCGAAGGUGGAAUUCGGUGAAGGGCCUUGCUAAGCUGCUGCUGCUGGAAAGACUGCGAACACCAGAGUCACGAUUCAGAUACAAGGAGCUCCAUAGGUCACGACAGAUGAAACCUUUUGGGACAACAUCCUUUCAGCAGAGAUUUGGAUUCAGCAGGAUGAUCCACAACAAAUGGGUGGCCCCAAGGAUGGAGACUCUGCAUGGGGGUGCAGAUGCAAGCGACUAUUCAACUGUGUUCCUGCCAUGGGGAAGAGGGUACAAUGCCAAGAAAUGUGCCAGGCUCAUGCGGAUCAAGGAGAAAGUGUUGAACAAUCCCUAUGCCAACAAGAACAGGAAGAUCGACAAAGCAAUAAAGCUCCACCCCUGCUUCAUAGGGAGUGCAGAGGAGGUCAUUCAAGACUGUUGCCCUGAUGACCCUCCCAUCCCAAAGGACACCGACUUUGCUGAACUUGAAGCAUAUGUUCGGGGGCCUAUUUCGUUCAUUGAAGAUAAUCCAGGCCGGCAGAUGAUUGGGUCGUUUCACCCCAUGGAGGCUGAUGGUUGGUUGGAUGGAGCUUACAUAACAGGGGACAUGGAGACCCUGUGUGUGGCUGCCAAUGCCAAUGACCUGGCAACUACUAAGAGGCUUGUGGAGGGUGGCACUGUGCCGAUCAACUGUGCCGAUUAUGCAGGGAGGACGCCUCUGCAGCUUGCUGCCUUUGCUGGUUCCUAUGAUGUGGCAGCCUAUCUGAUCGAUGAGGGAGCAUCGAUCCUGAGGAGGAUGGGCGAUGGUCGAAACCCGCUGCACAUAGCAUCUGCCUAUGGGCACACUGAAAUAGUCAAGCUGCUGAUUAGUAAGAGCAAGAGCAAUCAAGAGGCCAUGCACGCUGCUGAAGAUUCUGGCACCAUGGUUGAGGGUGGUGAUGAAAUGGAGCUAGAAGUGUUGGAUCUCGACACUGAGGAUUGGGCUCGCAGGCUCACUGCACUCCAGCUCGCCAUAAUGUUUGGCCGGGAUGCGGCUGUGGACGUGCUUUUGAAUGCUGGAGCCAGCCCAAACAAAAACUGGCCUCUUUAUCAGGUUGGCACUGAUAACUACUUGGGUGGCCAGAAGACUGUAUCCAACAUCAUGCUGGCAUCGGGCUUGUGCGAUUGGGCGCCUGACAUCUCCAAGAAGAUCCUUGCUUUGCUUGUGCAGCAUGGGUGCAAAUGCAAACAGCUGGAUAGCGACCUCCAGAGUCCCCUCCAUUGGGCUGCCCUUGAAGGCAAUUCGACCCUCAUAUCUCAGCUGCUGGAGGUCGCUCCUGGGCUGAAAGAGGACAGCCUUGAAGUGCUGUCUCUGGACAAACAAACCCCAUUGAUGUGUGCCAUUCAGCAAAAUCAUGUGCUGUGCGUCAAGGAGUUGCUUGAAGCAGGAGCAAGAGUCAAUGUAGAUUCCAGUUUGAGUGUGGAGUGUGAUCUCUUAAGGGAGCGGACCAGUGCACUGCAGACCACUGACUGGAAUACCAGAGGGAAGUUGAGAACAAUAGCAGAUCUGCAGUGGGCACAUAUUACCCCUCCCCUGUGGCUUGCGGUGCGCAAAGUUUGGGAAACAGGUGAAAGUGUGGCAGAGGUGCUCAAGGAGCUGGCAGAAGAAGAGCAGAAGGCUGCUGAGGGGGGGCGCUCCAAGCCCACCAAUUUGGAAAGAAGAGAUCCUUUUGCCAUCGUCAAACUGCUCUUGAAGUACAGUGCAGAUCCCAAUGUGCUACUGAACGAUGUGCCGCCAGGGGCAUCACGUCAAGAUGCCCCGGUGCCCCUCACAGUGGUUGACUAUGUGAACUAUCUGGUAAUAGCAGUCAACAAGCAGAUUGAAGAUUGGGAUGGCUUUGCACAGCCUGGUCAUAACUCUGAGAAAUGGUAUCUGAUGCCACAAACGAGUGGUGUGGUCUCAAACACGAAGACAGCACUGGCAGAAUUGGACGGCAUUGUUGUGGAAGCUGCCACUGGCCUGCCCAUCAACUUCAAGAGCAGAUGCAACGAACGACGGUAUCUGGAAGAGAAGUUGGUGCCAGAGAGGUCAUACCUCUGGCCCAAUGUGGAAGCCAGUGCGGUCGACAAGGAUCUUAGUGACAUUAUGGAGGCUGCUCGGACUGUGAGGGAUCGCAAAUCCAACAGGUCUUCCAAAUCAGAACUGUCUCUGCCAAGCCAGCUGUCUGAGCUUCAAGAACUGCUGAAUGUCUUCAAGGCGUUGCUGGACAUCCUGGCUGCUUCUGGGGGAAGAAGCAGCAAGCAUCUGAAGUCUGAGACACAAUCAUCCAGCAAGGAAGACCAAGAGGACUCGGAUGAUGAGUCUGUAUCAUCUAUGGAGAAGCGCAGCUCAAAAAAGUCCAACAAGCAACAGAAGCCCACACAGUUGGCUUUGGAGGAUCUGACCCAAGGCUACAAGACGAUACCGCCCAUGUUGGAAGAUCGAGUAGGCAACACUACUGGUUUGCCCUCACUGCUGCCAGCAAGGCUGCAGCCAAUGUGCCAUGAGCUUUUUGAGGCUGCUUGGAGUGGGGACAUACAUCGCAUCGAGCAGCUCACAGUACAGGCUUCACCUUCAGAACAACUACCUGUUGCAAGUCAGAACUCCUACCAGCAGACACCUUUGCUCUUGGCUCUGCUGAAUGGGCACCUGAAGUGUGCAAAGCGGAUCAUGGAGAUCUGUGCAGACCAGUACACUGUUCCAAGCAUUCCUAAGCUGCCUCAAACGCGCGACAUUGGGAAGUUGAACAAUCUUGCAUUGGAAGCGUAUGCAGAAGAACAGGACGGGAGUGAAGAAAUGUCAUUGGAUGACAUAGAAGGUGGUGAUAUUAUUGACGAUAUCAAUGAAGAAGCUGCUGCUGCUUCUCGAGCUGCUAUUGCUGCUGCCCAGGCUGAGGAGGGCAUCAGCACAACUGUGAAGACUGGGUUUGUGUGUCACACCUGCCCAGAGGCGCUUCUGAAGCACACGAGCGCAGUCCCCGCAGCUCUUUUCAAGGCCACACUGCCAAGUUCCUUGUGCUUUGACCUUGCAGCUACCUUUCGCCUGGUGUGGAAGCUGCUGACUGAAGGGACAGCAUCUGCAGCUCAUACUCUUCAAAAGAAGUGUGGUCUUGCACUGAGAACGUCAUGGCGAACCAAGUAUUGGGAGCAACGUCAUGGUCAGCCGGCAAGCUUCGUUUCUGUAUCACCGCUGGAGUGUGGAAUCCUUGCUGGACGCAAGGACGUCGUGGAGACCGUGCUUGACUGCUGUGAGGAAUGGAAUAGGCUAUGGAGGCAGCAAGCUGCUGAACGAUGCUUUUCAGACAAUAAGGCUACUGAAAUGCCACAUCCUGCAGAUGCUGCAGAUGGUUCAGGCAACGUCAUGAAUGGGCAUCACAGUUCGGGCAGGAUGCCCCUUGCUGUGAACAUUGUGAGGUCUCUUUCCUUGGAUCCACUGAUUGUGAUGGAUGGUGUGGAGAUUUUGUCAGUUCUUGUGGAGAGGACAGGGACUGCAGUUGGUUGGAACGACUCAGCUUUCGUCAGGGAGUUAUGGAAGAAAGGUUUGAUGCAGAAUGAAACGUUGCUACACAGGGCAGCAUUCUUUGGAGCAGAGAGGAUAAUGAAGUGGAUACUGAAUGGAGGUGGAGAGGCUGCAUUCAGGGUGUUUUUUCAGCGCAGUCAAAACAGCCAAGCAGCCCAACAAGCAAAGAGGCUGGCUGAAAAGAUGAAAUUGUCAACUUGUGAAAGUGCCAAGGACGUGGGAGACCCUGCUGUCAGGCUGUCCACCCUGUUCUGUGGCUCCAUUGACAUGGAAGACUGCUGGAGCCGAUCUCCAUUUCAUUAUGCUGUUGUGGCAGAUCGCCCAGCAAUCAUCCAGCUCCUCUUUGAGGAGCUGCGCUCAAGGGGUCACACAGAACUGGCACUGCAAGUGUUGAACAAGCCUCGCAUUGUGGACCCCAAGAAACCGCACUGGCUCUCCAACAGUGGUACAAAUGCUGUGCAGUCCAGUAUACUUAUGUCAAGGGUGGAAUGCAUGAACACGCUGCUCAAUCUUGGUGUGGACCUUUUCCCCAAGGAUGGCAAGGCUGACAGGGGGUGGAACCUCUUAGCUUUUGCAAUUUGUAGCAAAUCUGAAGGAACAAAAGAUUUGGGUCCUACUGUUGUGGUGAAAGCUCUUUUGGCAAAUGCAAGGAUGACGCCUGAAGUCGCAGAGAACAUGGCAAUGGAGCAAAUGGGUUCAGCAGAGGUGACACCUUUGAUGCUUGCAGUCAGUGGCAUGUUCCAAGACAUUGUAGAGUUGCUAGCUCAGCAACUCCCUUGUGGAACCCUGACAAAGCAGGCUGCAGAUGGGAGCACCGCCCUACACAUCGCCGUGCGGAAGAGGGGAUGGAGGUCUGCGAAAGCGUUGCUGGGUGGUGACACAUCUUUGGUCAAUGAGCGCAGAAGUCAGACUGAGAUACAAGUGACAACACGCAUGGAAGACCAUGCUGGGUUGACACCACUUGACAUCGGCAUGAAUGUGAUGGCCGAUGCAUGCAAGGAAAGGGCCUGCCAGGGAAAGAAGGAAACUCGUCCCAAAGAUGCUGGCAAGCCAUGCUCCCCAAGCCCAGUGACAAAAAUCUGCACGGAACUCCGGCGAUGGAACGCUUCUGCGGACAGGAAGAGACCUGACUUCAGGGAGGUGCAGGCUGCACUGCUGCAGUCUACAGAGCAAGUGUUGAGCACUCUCGAGCUGCAGCACUUCACAGCUGAUCGAAAUGGUGGAGUGAGGUCGGUGCUGGAUCUUGUGGAUUAUGGGAACGAGGACCUCAAUAAUGGAAUGAGGCCAAAACGGUCGCAGGUGCUGUCUCGCACGACACCCACCUUUCCACAACGAUCUGCUGCUGCAGCAGGGACCACUGUCCUGAUCAAGGGCACAGUGGUGAGGGAUGCUGCAGAUUGCGCAAAAUGA